GCGUGACGUCAUUUCACUGAGACGAAGCUGUCAGAGGACAUGACUGUUGAGUAAGCUGGUGUGGGUUUAAUAAACGGCAUAUGAUUGAAGUGACAGCACACUUUCACAACGUUGGUUUGUAAACAAAGCUACACCAGCACUAUGUUUUCUGCUCUCCGGGUUCUUCGCAAUAAUCGAGUUCUUGUUUCUGGCCAUGUGCAGAGAUGUAUGUCCACGCAAACAGACGGAGAGGUCCGCAUCGCGAAGAUACUGAAGGAGAAGUUUCCAUUAGCCGCGUCGCUCAAAGUUGUGGACAUAUCAGGUGGUUGUGGGGCCAUGUAUGAGAUCCAUAUAGAGUCAAGUGAGUUCAAAGGAAAAAGGACUAUUCAGCAGCACCAAUUAGUCAAUCAGGCACUCCAGGAGGAGAUUAAAGGAAUGCAUGGACUGCGAAUAUUCACUGAUGUUCCCAAAGACUAGAGAAAGUCCUUCCAUGAUUUACCCCCAGCCAUUUCUUUUGAUUCCCCCAUCUAUUAUGAAUGUAUAGUUUUAAAAAAGGAGCAGGUGGCAGAUGAUGCAGAGAGACAUUUUCUUUAGCAGUAACACAUUAAGUGCAAAAUGUGUAAGAAAUGUAAGGGUACACUAAGUUUUGUUUUCUUUAAAGAAGGGAAAUUCUUCUACUCUGAGAUAAAGGCUGCAAUACGCACAAAAUGACUUGGUAAAAUGCUCGUGAAAUGUCAAGUCAUAUAGGUUCCUUCCCAGUUUGGGGUCUUCUCAGGGUUGACGAUGUUGGUGGAAUGAUAAGCAGUUGAAGAGGUAAUGAAUACAACCAUCCUGAGUAGUGGAGAAUUGCUACAGACCCAAAAGCAAUGAAAUUUGUAGAGAACUAUUUUUGCAGUGUCACUAACACAAUUUCUGUUUCUGUCCCAUGAAAGGUGAUUUCAAAUUGAUUACUAACAAUGGGAUUGUACAUGGACCUUGUAUUAAUGCUAGCUAUGCAUUAAUAAUGCAAUUGCAACAAAGAGCAACUGCUUCUUUCCUCCUACACGCUUCCUACUUAAAUGCCUACAGAAACAUUCAUGAUAAAAACUAUGUUUCUUAAUACCGGAUUCAGUUGUCACAUUUCGUUAAAUAAAUCUCGGUAUGCAAGAGCCACGAGAA